AUGUCUUUGAAGGCAAAUCUGCGUCGAAAGUCACCGUUUCGUGCGGAACACGUGGGAUCGUUACUUCGCCCCGACGACCUGCUCAAGGCACGACAAGCCCUUGAGGAAGGGAAACUGUCGCAAGAUGAGCUGUAUGGGCUGGAAGAUGUAGCUGUCAAGGAGAUUGUCGAGCUUCAAUUGUCGCUCGGACUCCAUGCAAUUAGCGAUGGAGAGUACAAGCGUUUCUUGGUUUGGGGCUCACUCUUCCCGGGUCUUGAAGGUUUUGAGCAGGUUAAAAAUCCUCCGUGGGAAAUAUCUCGCGACUAUAUGCCAGAUGUUGCUCCCUUUGCAGACUCUGAAAUCCACGAGACUCUUCUGUGUACAGGAAAAAUCAAGCAUGUAGGAAGCACGUAUUUGAGAGAGUGGGACUACCUCAGAAGCAUCGUAUCAGCCAAGAGGUUGCACGAAUGUAAAAUCACCCUGCCGGCGCCAGAAUGGUACCACAUGCGCUAUCGAGAAGGUCGCGCAUACCCAAAAGAGGUGUACAGUAAUGAUGACCAGUAUUUUGCUGACAUUGCAUCUGCAUACCAAAAUGAGCUGCAAACUCUGUAUGAACAUGGGGCUCGAAACAUACAAUUCGAUGAUCCGAAUCUUGCCUCGCUUCUUGAUGUCUACAUUGCAUUAUAUAACUCCUGCAUUAGCAAACGGCCGGCGGAUAUGCAUGUCGGCGUGCACAUCUGUCGCGGAAAUUUCAUUGGAGGUCGUCAUUUCUCUGAAGGUGGCUACGACAGGGUUGCCAAAAAGCUCUUCCAAACCAUGAAUGUUGAUACAUUUUACCUUGAGUAUGACACGCCUCGUGCAGGUGGGUUUGAGCCACUCGCCGCACUUCCCAAAGACAAAAACGUGAUCCUCGGAGUGAUAUCAUCUAAACUCCCACAGUUAGAGGAUCCAGAAAAAAUGAAAGAGCGUGUAUGGCAGGCCGCCGACAUUAUUGCAGAGGGCAACAGCGAGACCAGGAGCAAAGCAUUGGGGCGCAUGGGCGUCAGUCCGCAGUCUGGCUUUGCGAGUAUCGCUCUCGGAAACGAUAUCGACAAAGAAGCCAUGAUUAAGAAGCUUAAAUCAGUAAGAGAGGUCGCGAAUCUGAUCUGGCCGGGGGAGCCGUGA